AUGACGAGCCCUCCCGGAGGAAGCUUCAGCAUCGCCUGGUGGAACGGCAGUAGCGAUCCCGUCAAACCGGUGAAAUCCACCCAGGUGGGUAUGGCCGGCGGCAGCGGGCUCAUCGCUCCGGGAGUCGUCGGGGUUGGCGGUGGUGACAUCGCGCGGGGCUUUUUCAGCACCGCUUCCAGCGAGCCGCGGUAUCACUGCCUCCGGUCUGGGUUUUCUAGCCCGGCAUGGAGCAACGCCGGGAGUUGGGUCGGCAGCGCGGACGGAGUGAUGCCAGUGGACAUGUCUGAUGCGUCGGGGGAGGAGAAGGAGAAGGAGCAGGAGGAGGAGGAGGAGGAGGAGGAAGCCGGCGCAACGGCGGUACGGGCGGCGCAACCUGUCUCUAGCGAUGGUGAUGGGGGGCCAGGGCGGCCGUGAGGAUGGCGGGCGAGGGGGGAGAGAAGUUCAUGGGGACGGGAGUGAAGAGGUAGGGCUCGAGUUCGGGUUGGAGGUUUCGGUUGGUGGUGGCGAUUCUUGGUGGGCUCCGAGUGACGAUGAAGCGGAGGUGUAAGCCUUUAUUUUCGUGAAUAGGAUUCAUUGGUGUAUACCAUUGGCUUUUGGAAAUGGACCGUGGUUCGCAUGGGCGGCAGGGUUGAACCGUUUCGUGAUGAAGAAGGUGGUAAUGGACGGCGUAACAAUUCCGUGAGGUCUGUGACGGGAACCAUUGUACCAUGUACCAAUGGCUGCGCAUCUACCACACCAUACGAUGAUUUGACUGACAACAAUUACGUGGCGGCCACAGCGGUAGUGUGCUUGGCUUCCGGUAAGAUUCAGGGAAGCGGCAUGCGCUGAAGUAUCGGUGCCAGCUACAGCAGAGGGGGCACCGUGAGGUCGACCCCGGUGGAUGCAAUGUUAUGCGAGGGUGGUGUUUGCAGUUUUUUUCUACAGGCCGGUGUUGCUGGAGGUCUUCGCGCAUGGGGCGAUGGCGCUGCGCUUGUCGUUGGGUUUCCAAGUUUGGUACGGUAGGCCUUGACGACUCUCAUUGAAGAUCGACAGCAGUGGGCCACAGCCGGCAUGCAAGCUUCGAG